AUGUUGCAGGCGGUGGUUUACCGAGAGGGUAACCUGGUGAGCGGGCGGCUGGAGGCACUGAUCCAGCACAUGGUCCCCACCAACGACUACUACCCGGACCGGGCCUUCCUCUUCGCCUUCCUCCUCACCUCCAGGCUCUUCGUCAAGCCCCACGAUCUACUGGGGCAGAUCUGUAAUGAGUCUUCGGCCAAGGAGAAGAUGGAAGGUCCUUCCCAACCCCUGAUCCGCCUCAUCGGGGAGUGGUCGGAGACGUUCCCUUACGACUUCAGGGACGAGCGGGUCAUGUCCCACGUGAGGGAGGUGGCGGAGUCCUGCGUCGGCCUGGAGGAAGACACCAGAGGAGAGGUGUCCCUAGUCCUCCAGUCCUUGCUGGAGAAGUUGACCAGCCUGGAGCGGUACGAGGCCUACAUCCACAGCGUGCGGGCCCACGCCACCGCCAGCCUAGGCUCUCUGUCUCAGGUCAGUCUUUAG